UCGAAAGAGACUGCUGAUACUCCUGCUGCUCGCCCUAAUCCAUACCAUGAGAUGGUAGUUAAUGCUUCGGGGGAUACUAGUGUUAUUCGUUCGUCGCAAGUUCAGCAACGCCCAGCUGCACAUGCAGAACGGAACUCUGGGUUAGAAUGGUGUAUAAGUUCUCCUUCAAAUACUGCAAGGAACUCAUUUUUUGUGACAUGGUGCAGACCUACGAUCUUGUUACUGUUUCUAUUACUGCUCGUGGUUAUUUUCGUAUUGGUUUCUGGAAUUCUGCUCUACCAUAACUAUUUAGUGCACAAACCACGACAGACUGCUUCUGCUGAAGCUUUUUUCAGUUGUCAAAACUUUGGCAGAUUCAUAAUUCAUAUUAUGUCCUUCAUGAUAGACAUGAAUCGCUAAUGAAGAUCUAUCAGGAUAUAAUCUGCUAUCUCUCUUGUGGGAAGUUAUCGGAUUGAUGAGUGAAC